UUGUUGUGAACGGCAAGGGGACGCGUUUUUCCCAGCAUUUUUCCGCAGAUUUAUCCGCUUUUGAGCCGAGUGUGGCCCCACGCUGUCUUCUGUGACCUGUGCAUCGUGUGCGCGUGCUUCCGGGGGCACAAUUAACUCUUGAAGAUGACGAAGGAUGUGGCAGACAUCGAUCCGUCGGAUAUAGCAAAACAUCCGGACGCGAUAAAGAAAGCUCUUGAGGAAGUUGGAAGCCUGGAUGUUCUCGUGUGUGGCACUUGCCACGCUGCCUUCCACUACGUUGAGGCAUUUACUGAGCACAAGGCGGAGAAAUGCUCUGGAGAGUCUAGCUUGAGGGAAUGUCGCGAGUCGAAACCCAAAGUGUGGGCUUUUCUGCUGUGGAAGGCAUGUCAGAUGAAGACUGACGAGGAUAUUCCGGCAAACUCGUGGAAAUUGUAUCAAACUUGGGUGAGAUUGGAUGAGAAUGUGAGGGAAUCGUGGGUUGUGGCGGGCAAAACCAUCCAAUCCUUCGUGCGAAUGAGUCAAGGGCAGAUGCAGGAAGUCCCCGUGAAGGUCAUCAAGCAGAUUGUCGAUCAGCCGAAGGCGGGAGGUGAUUCUCCGCAGGCCUCCGCCACAGCCAGAGCCCCAAUAAAGCGUCCCAUUGUGGUGACGGGCAGAAAAGUGGAUGCGGACCAGGACGGAGAUACCACAACGGACGAGGAUCCGUCGCCACAGCGCCUGCCGGCGGUGACGAUGCGCCAGGUGGUGAGGAAACCGGCGCCCAGACCCGCUGUCACGCGUCCUCCGGGCAAUUUGCUGAACAAGAACGUGCCGCGACUCGCGACGCGCACCAUGUCAGAGUCUGGCGACACCGAGGAGCAUCUGAUUGAGAAGAUCAUGGCGAAGAAGUUCAAUCCGCGCCGCCGCACAUUUGAGUAUCUGAUCAAGUGGAUGAAGUUCAGCUACGACGAGAACACGUGGGAGCCGCUGCAGCAUCUGGACAAGUGCUCAGCCCUGCUGGCGGCCUUCGAGAGCCAGCUGGCGUACCAGAAGGAGCAGCGCGCCGCCAAGGCGGCCGAGGAGGCGUCCAAGUCCUCCGACGGCGACUCCCCGUCGCGCCCGCUGAGGAACUCCAAGGCGAAGGCGGUGCAGCAGGUGAAACAGUGGUGCACGGACGAGGAGAACGUGGCAACGAAGAGGAAGAACGAGGACAGCGACUUUGAGCUGGAGGACGAGGCGUCCGCGGACGACCAGCCGGCCAGGAAGAUGGCCAAGAGCGAUGCCGUGAGCCAGGCACUGCAGCGCGCCGGCCAGUCGGGCACCGUGCGGAUCGUGCCGGUGAACAGGAGCGCCCAGGCGGUGCAGAAGCCCACCGUGAACGGCGCCUCGGCGAAGGUGGAGAAGAACUCGGCCGAGGUGGUGAUCACGAGUGUGAAGGACAAGCCGACGGGCGUGAUGAGGAAGCCAGGAGUCACACAGAGCACGGCGCUGGCCAAGAAGGAGGCUCAAGUGCACGUCGUGAGUCGCGGCGAGACGAUGUCCAGUGGGAUUGUGCGGAUUGCGCAGGGCAACUCCAGCCAGGGUGCCAAAGUGAUGCCCAAACUCGUGCCGCGCGUCGCUCAGGCGCGUCCAGUCGUGCGUCCGGGCGUUACGGUGAGCCGCACUGUCGCCGGGGCGCCGCAGCGCCAGCAGGUGCUGCGGCAGGUGUCGCCGCAGCAGCCGAUAGUGCGCAACCAGACCAUCAUCCGGAGGAGUGUUGCCACGCCGCCGCAGGGACGCGCCGUGAUGUCGCGGGUGGUGAAAAGCACGCCCAGUCCGAAGGCCGCGGUCGUGGGGCGCCAGCAGCCGGAGAUGAAGGUGGUGCGCAGGAGCAAGGGAAAGGAGGACGAGCUGUCCGGGGAGGACAUGGAGGCGUCCAGCGGCAGCCAGGAGACAUCGGCCAGUGUGGAGUCGACGUACACGCUCUGUCCGACCACGGGUGAGCUGAAGAAGCCCGGGCAGGAGGACAAGAAGGAGGCGAAGAAGGACGAGGAGGAGAAGAAGGACGCCGACACCGUGACGGCCAUUCAGACGGAGGACGGGCAGCUGCAGCAGCUCAUCGCGAAUGAGGAUGGGAGUCCUGUUCUGGUCACUGGCGAGGACGGGACCAUUUAUCAGGUGGCCGGGAAGAAUGCCGAGGGACAGACGCUGCUCAUAGCCCAGGGAGGCGACGGAGAGCAGCAGUGCGUGUACGUGGCGGCGGAAGAUGGGGACGAGAGUCUUCUGGCACUUUCCGGAGAGACGGUUCAGGCCGAGAGCGGCGGGCAGAUUGUGCUGAAGGAGGACGGAGGCGACGGAACAGUGGAUCCUGGGCAGCAACUCGUGAUCUCCACAGACAGCGACUCCCAGGAUGGGAAUAUCACAGCGGAGCUGGUGCAGGCGGACAUGCCGUCGCCCGGGGGCACGCGUCGCGUCGUCCUCAUGCUGCCGGACGGGAAUUUCAUGAUGACGGAGGUCAAGUUCUAGAAACCUGACCCACUAACACCCCACCCUAUAUUUAAGCGCCGCGCCCCCAAAUUUGAAUUUCCCGCGAACUCCUUCCGCGCGGAAAGCUCUGGAAAAGCUCGAAGCCCUGCUGCAGAAUCGCCUCAGCAUCUCAAUUCGAGUGCGUGGGAGGAAAAUGAAUAUACCUAGAGUAGAUAACAUUUCAUGAGAAUUAAAUAAA